AUGAGUCCCCGUGCAGGCCUCUCCCUUCUUUACAGCCAGUUCUUCGUGAAGCUUCCCAUUCCCAUCCACUCCUUCUCCGGCCAAACCAUCAUCGUCACAGGCUCCAACACUGGUCUCGGCCGUGAAGCGGCGAAUCACAUCGUCCGCCUUGGCGUGUCAAAGGUGAUCCUGGCGGUCAGAAAAAUUCGCAAAGGCGAGGAUGCCAAGAGAUACAUCGAGGGUCAACAGGCAGGACAGGCGUUGUAG